UCUAGGGGUGCGUCGCGAAUUUUUGAAAGUUUUAUCUGUACUUUUUUUUUGUAAUAAAUGUUAAAACGAAUGGGGCGACAUAAAAAUGUUCAACGAUAUGAGAUACGCGAAUUACAGACAGCGUCUUUUUCUCUGUCUGGCACAACCGGAACUGUCGCAAACCUCAAGUGUACUGUCGAAUUUACAUAAAACAAAGAAACAAUGACUGAAACCUAUAUUGGGAUCGGUUCACCAAGAGUAGAAGUGCGCACGUGCGGACCAUCCGCGAGGAAAAUCAAACUAGCAGGGGAGCUUGACCCUUGGUUAUUGUCUGCUAAGAGAAACAGUUGGGCCCCUGGCCUUCGCCGUGGUAGCAUGCUCUUUGCGCAACAGUUCACAUUGCCGUGCCUGGCCAAAUACAAGAAGUCACGGGCGCCCAGCAAGGCCAUGGAACGAUACGAGAGAUUGGGACGUCUAGGCGAGGGUAGUUACGGGGUAGUUUUUCAAUGCAGAGAUCGACAAACGGGUCGCUUAGUGGCUGUCAAGAAAUUUCAACAGACAGAAGAUGAUCCGCUGAUCCGGAAAAUAGCGCUUCGGGAAAUUCGUCUAUUAAAGAAUCUUAAGCAUCCAAACUUGGUAAACCUUCUGGAAGUCUUCAGGCGCAAGAGGAAGUUGCAUCUUGUCUUUGAGUACUGCGAACACACCUUGCUCAAUGAAAUGGAAAAGUAUCCAAAUGGCUGUCCUGAGAUAACGAUAAGGCAACUCACCUGGCAGAUUCUUCAGGGUGUUGCUUACUGUCAUAGACUAGGAUGCGUGCAUAGGGAUGUCAAGCCUGAGAAUAUUCUUAUUACUGCUGAUGGUGUUGUCAAGCUCUGUGAUUUUGGUUUCGCUAGAAUGCUUAGUCCUGGUGAAAAUUAUACUGAAUAUGUUGCCACCAGAUGGUAUAGGGCGCCAGAGUUACUGGUAGGAGAUACUCAGUAUGGAACACCAGUGGACGUUUGGGCUAUUGGUUGCGUGUUUGCUGAAUUGAUUCGUGGAGAAGCUUUGUGGCCAGGAAAGUCUGAUGUCGAUCAACUGUAUCUAAUAAGAAGAACUUUGGGUGACCUUUUACCACGGCACAUGAUGAUUUUUCAGCAGAAUGAAUUUUUUGCUGGGGUUACCUUGCCUACACCACAGACUCUUACUCCUCUUGAAGAUGCUAUACCAAACCGAAGUAAUACUCCUGUACAGAUUGACUUUUUGAAAAAGUGUUUGGAUAAGGAUCCUGAAUUGAGGUGGACCUGCGAUCAACUUCUGCAACAUAUUUACUUUGAGAACUUUUAUUACAAAAUGCCUGAAGGUGAACUAGAGGAGUUUGAAAAGCUUAGGAAAUAUCGUGACCGAUCCAGAAAUACAAACUACAAUCAAAUGGUGCUACCCCAACUUCCAAAAGUUGCUGGUGUUAUUCACAGUCAUAAUCAAAACGAAACUCGACCACGAAGUUCAUCGCUACAUCAUCAGCAGGAUUUUGAUCAUUUACCCACGAUAUGAGGGGUGUGAGCCUCAUACAUAAUUGUAAUAUAUACUUAGUGCUUUGAAAUGUGUAUUAAUUCACAAUCAUGAUUGUUACAGAUAAUGUUGAUUUUUAACAGAAGCACUUUCAGAGUUUCAAGCAAUUUUGUUUCUUUACAGUUUUUAUUUUUUCAACAUGACUGUAUUUACAAAUGUGGUUAAAUAAAGUUUAUACAAAAUUAA